GGAACACUGACACUUGGGAAAAUCAGGCUACCUUUCCCGGACUAAAGAUACAUGUUCCGAUUUCAGUCCUUUGAUGAAGACUGUACCCUGGAGGAGGAGGAGGAGGGGGGGCUGGUAGAGGAAGAAGAUGAAAUCGAUCAGUUUAACGAUGACACUUUUGGAGCAGGGGCGAUUGACGACGACUGGCAGGAGGAGCACGCGCGUCUGGCCGAAUUGGACGAGAGAGUGCGAGACGGGUUAGGGGGAGCCAACGAUGCCCCCUCUGCCACCUCCGUCCUCCCUCCCCCCCCGAGCGGCAAGCCCCUCUCCUCCUCCUCUUCCCUCCCCCCCGCGUCCUCCUCCUCUUCCUCCUCGGCCCCGCCCCCCGGCCUGGAGGAGGCGGGCGACGGCGACCUCGCCGAAUCGCUGGCCCGUCUCAUUUUGGGCUCGGACCCGGCCAUCGCCGGCGUGGGCACCGCCGGGUCGGACCGGCCCCGGUUCCCUCCCAUGGCUCCCUCUCAGGCCCCGCCCUCAGGGCUGUCAGCCCCUCCCUCCUCGUUGCUAAGUUACCAGCAGCAUCAGCACCUUUUGCACCAAGGGCCAGCAACCCUGCCACAGGUGAACUCUCACAAUAUUUGGGAGAACAGUAUGGGUUUUGGUCCCGUUAGUGUUACCCCAGGACUGCCGAGUCACAUGGAGGACAGUCCACUCUUAUCCAUCAUCAAAGAGGUGGGCCUUCCCAAGCGGCCUCCUCCAGUCAGAAGCGAGGAGGGUCGGGAUUUGUCCGAAAGAGUUCCGCCUCCACGCUCGUCCUCACCUGUGAUUGGUAGCCCACCUGUGAGGGCGGUGCCCAUUGGAACACCUCCCAAACAGCCAAUGAGCCACCCCAUGAAUCAUCAGAUCCACCAUCCCACCGCUGUGCAUGUCAGAGCGCCGGUCCAGCACCGUUACCCCCCUCCUUUCCCCGAGCGCCUGUCUCCCAACACCCUCCUCAAUAUAGCUAACUCUCCACUGUGUCGACCUCCGUUCCCAGGCGGAGUGGGCCCGGUUCUGUCUCAGAUCCAGCGGGCCCAGCUGCUUAAUUCUCAGGUUGGCCCGUUUCCGAGGGGUCCCGGUCCAGCGCCACCUUUGUUGCCGGGAGGCGGCGGAGGCUUCAGGCCGUUUUUCGGCCAGCCGCCACAGCGAGUCGGGCCACACGCUCCUCCGCCCAACCACAACCCCAUCCGCCACAACACCACCCAUCUCCACCCCCAGCACCGCAGGAUGCUCACGCAGAGACUGCAGAGCCGAGGUGAUCGUGGAGGGAGAGGUGGGGGAGGUGGAGCUGGGGACAGGAGGAAUAGAGACCCUUACAGUAAUCUCAUGACUCAGAGAGAGAAAGAGUGGGUGGCUCGCAUCCAGAUGAUGCAGCUCCAGAGCACUGACCCUUACCUGGAUGACUACUACUACCAGAAUUACUAUGAGAAGAUGGAGAAGCGUCAGGAGAGGGACAGAGACAGCAGCAGAAAGGAGCACACCACCAAACUCAUCACCCCUCAGGUGGCCAAGCUCGAACACACCUACCGCCCAGUGCAGUUUGCGGGUUCUCUGGGCAAACUGACUGUCUCCAGCGUGAACAACCCCAGGAAGAUGAUCGACGCCGUGGUGACCACUCGCACUGAUGAUGAGGAGAAGAGAGAGAAGCAGGUUUGGAACAAGAGAAGACAGAUCCUCUACACUGUGGAGAAGAUGUACAGUUUGUUGCUGGAGGUGCAGGACUUUGAGAAGAAGUUCCUCCAGACGCCAGAGGAGCAGAGGGAGGCCCUGCUGGAGCAGCACAAAACCAACACGCUGCAACUCUACAACUCCCUCAAAGAGAAGGAGUGGGACGACAGAGUGAGUGAUGAACAGUGUCUGAUGAUCAUGUCUGUGCGGAAGGGGAAGCGCCUUAUUGCUAGGCUCCUCCCCUUCCUGCCCCCACCCCAGGCUGCCGCUGUUGUCAUGGGAAUCUCCCGGAACCUUCCAGCUCUUGCCAAGAAAGACAAGCAGGACCAGGUCCUGUGCUGGUUGGUGGAGCCAGUUGCCGUGGUGAUUCAGUCCAUGUCGAGCUCCGCCCUCACUGACUUGCUGCAGGAGCUGCAGGGCAGCGAGGGUCAGCUUCAAAAAGUGCUGCAAAAUAAGUUUGGUGUGACGCUGCUUUAUCUGAUUCUGAGUGAGGGUGAAAGAAUGCAGAGCUCUGAUCCCAACUGUCAACUCAUGGAUGACAAUCGAUGGACGGAGUUGGUGUUCUCAGUGACGAGGGAGCUGUUAAACGUGCCUCCUUCCUCGCUGUCUCCUCCUCUCUUCACGCCUCCCAACCUUCUCUCCCUCUUCUCUCGCUACGUGGAUAGACAGAGGCUCGAGUUGCUACAGGAGAAGCUACAGAUCACUGCUUUGUCCAGGUAGAAGUUACUUCAGAACAAGAAUCCCUGUUGACGAGAGACUGGCCGUGUGUCCGUGCGUGCAUGUGUGUGUGUCCGUGUGUGUGUGUCUGUGUGUGUGUGUGUGUGUGUGUGU